CUAGAAAUUUGUAUUAGAAUAGCUUUUGGCUGACUUUAGCGUAGUCUCACAAAGAGGGUCAGUGAGAGAAAUUAUGGCUCAUUGAAUUAGUCUGGAUGCAAGGUCACUUUCCAGAUCUUCCACGUACAGCGUGUGUCACCUUGAGCAGGCAGUGGAUUGGGGUAUAAAAACAUGGUCCUAAGAAUUGGCCUGUUGGUGGAAUUCACUAUUUGUCUGUCAGUGUUUAUAGAGCUCUUAUAGGAACCUGAGAUGGAUGGAAAAUCAACAGUUUGUUAUUUUUUAAGUCUGUCUGAUGUGUAACAAGACUGGCAGGAAAGUGAAUCCCUUUUUAGAACCUCUGGUAUUGAUAGAAAAAUAAUAGGUGACUCCUGUGGCAAGUGAAUGUUUCUGGCAGUGCUUGAGAAAAGCAGUUGUUCUGCUUGGUUUUGGCCAGAAUUGUGCGUUUGUGUGUUUGGGAGCUGGAGAUUAUAUUUCUGCUCGCCUAGGGAUGGAGGCACAUGAUCGAUUCAAAUCAACAAUAAAUUCUUUUAAAUCAUGAGCUUAUAGAAUUAGCCACGUUAAAUCUAUUAUGAAGAAACAAUUCACUGUGCGAGGUAGGAUGUGACUACGGCUUUUGUAACAACCCCGUGAGCGUGCUGGUAACGCUACAGGUUUUUUUAGCGUUGCUGCAUCGACAUUUGUCCUUUGGUGUUAGAAACGAUGCUGAAUGUCACCAGAGUGAAAACUUGAUCCAAUAGACCCUUAUCAACCUUUCUUUUAUGCUUAGGCUUUUAAUGGGCUAGUCCUUUAGAGCUAGUGGUUAUGCUUUUCUUUUGAGCAAAUGGCAUCCCUCGGUAGCGAAGACGCCUUUCAAGAUUCGGCAGCCCUCUCCUUCAACGAUUUAGAGAGCCUGCACAACCUCCGCAGCCGGUCUGCAAGUUUCAGCAGCACAGGCUCCAGCGGCCGCGUGCAGCUCCGCCAGCGCGUAGCCCAGCUUAUGGCUUGCGUAGAGGACAUCAGUUCGGAUGAUGAGAUCCAUGAAGAAGUGUCUCGCACUCUAGAUGAAGCUUUCCUUAUCUGGGGGAAAAAGCUGAAGGAUAAGUGGCAAGAAUUCAGACUACACGUGGUUACCUGGAAUGUGGGCACAGCUUCUCCACCUCCUGAUGUCACUAGUUUGCUUCAUCUGGAUUCACCCGGCCCAGCUAUGGAUAUGUAUGUUAUAGGCUUGCAGGAGGUGAACUCAAGAAUCACAAAUUUUCUGUCUGACUUGGCAUUCGAUGAUCCAUGGAGCAUUUUUUUCAUGAGUGUGUUGUCUCCCUUGGGAUAUAUGAAGCUCUCCUCCAUUCGCAUGCAGGGGUUACUGCUUCUGAUCUUUGUGAAACACGUCCACCUUCCUUUCAUACGAGACAUCCAUACCCACUACACACGCACAGGCCUCUACGGAUACUGGGGCAACAAAGGAGGAGUCACUGUGCGCCUGUCGCUCUACGGUCACACCAUCUGUUUCAUGAACUGCCACUUGCCGGCUCACAUGGAGAACACAGAGCAGCGACUGGAUGACUUUGAGAAAAUUUUGGAAAUGCAGUUUGAAGGAGAGAAUAUUCCGAGUACCUUGGAUCAUGAUGUUCUUUUCUGGUUUGGAGAUCUAAACUUCCGGAUAGCGGAUUAUGGCAUACAUUUUGUGCGGGAAUCAAUAAAUAACAAGCGUUACAGUCUGCUGUGGGAAAAGGACCAGUUAAAUAUGGCAAAAAAGAAGGAGGCGUUUCUUCAGGAUUUCAUAGAGGGCCCUCUGCAAUUUAAACCCACCUACAAGUUUGACCUUUAUUCGGAUGUAUAUGAUACAAGAGAGCAGAAGUCCCUGUUUUGGUUUAAUGAAAAGAAAAGAAAGCCAGCGUGGACCGAUAGAAUUCUUUGGAGAGUAAAAAAUCUCUGCCAGCAUGCAUCAAAAGAAGGCGAAUUCUCUGAAGAAGAACAGACAAUUUCUGUUACUUUGAAUAACUACAUCAGUCACAUGAGCUACGGCAUCAGCGAUCACAAACCUGUUACAGGAACUUUUGGGCUUCAGUUGAAGCCUCUUCUGUCAGAUCCUUUGGUCACGCUGAAUCCUGAGGGUGAGUGGAGCGCGGAACACGACGUUCUGAUCAGCUAUUCUGCAUUGCCUGAAUUCCCGAGCAGUGCUUGGGACUGGAUUGGACUCUUCAAGGUGGCUUUCAGGCAUGCGAAUGACUACGUUACUUACGCUUGGGUAGAAGAUGAUGAAGUUUCUUCUAGCAAAGACAGUAAACAAGUUUACAUGAGUGCUGCAGAAAUACCUGAUCUAGGAGGAGAAUUUUUGCUUUGUUAUUACAGCAAUAACUUGCAGUCAAUAGUUGGUAUCAGCCAGCCUUUCCAGAUUCAGCCUAAUAGAACAUUAUUAGAAAAGGAUCCGACACAGGCAGAGAACAGUUGGAUGCAGAAACCAGACAAUCUGGAAUCGCACGAUGAGUUCUGAAGGUAGAAAGGGCAUUUAGUUGCCCUGACUCAGGAGUCAGAUGAUUUUCUGUCUUAGUGAUUUUAAGCUUUUACUCUUAGAAGACAGAGUAAGACAAGUAGGAUUUUUCAGAAACUUUGUAAGCUCAUAGAAGAUAAUUUAUUGUGGAAACAGGUAUUUUUAUUGUUACAGGAAGAGAAGCUCUCUUGCACUGGAUGAGAACCAUUUAAGUAGUAUCUAAUGAAUGCUGUGUGUUUUAAGGCGAUAGAUGUUUCUAAUCCAAUUAUUUAACCUAAGUAAGUUGCGAUCUGUAAGAAUUUUUUAGGCUUGCUCCUUUUUGUAGAGGGUAUUUUAUUUAUGAUAUAAUCUUUACUAUUCUGUAAUCACUUGAUCAUUGAUUUUCAGAUUUUGAGUUUAAAUGAAGUUAUUAAAAAAUUAUUUAUUAGAUGCAGCUAGAUAGCUUCUUUUAAAAGUGUAUUUGAUUUUCAAAUGUAAGCUAAUGACCUUUUGGGGAACAAAAGUGGCCACAAGUCACAUGGAGACAAAAUCUUUGAGGGGUGUAAAUUCUCCUUUGGUAGCAGAUCCCUUUUCUUCAACCCUUACUGACAACCGUUCAGAGGGUUUAUCAUGUCUAAUUUUUCCAGAUUGAGAUAGAUCUAUCCAAACACACUUCUUGCAAUUUUUAGUCGUCUUUUAUAAAACAGUUCAGCAUUUUGCCUGUAUGUUUCUCCCUCUAAUUUAAAAAAAAGGAAAA